UGCGCGGCGGUAGCGAAGGUGGUUGUCAAGAUGUCACCAGGGUUGAGGGUCCGCCGGCAUCCCCGGCCGCCGCCUGCCUACCUUGCAGCUGUCGUCGGAGUGCUGCUGCUGGGUGGCGGCCCGGCCGCUGUCUUCGCUUCGGCUUUCUGUCACCACCGUGUCCCCAGCGCCGAGGAGGUUAUCUACAAAGUUUAUCUUAAGGAAAAUCAUAUUAUGAAGAGAAACGUUGAUGGACAGCUCAGAAUUAAGACUGUGUACGAUGGAAGUGUCGAGGAACUUCUUCCUGAAAAAAAGCACCUUAUAAAGCAUAAGCUUUUCCCGCAAGCUAUUUCUUAUUUGGAGAAGACAUUUCAAGUUCGGAAACCUACUGGUACUAUCCUGUUAAGCAGACAGUGUGUAACAAACCAAUACAUAAGGAAGAAAGAUGACCCACACAGAUACUGCCGUGGAGCCUGUGCAGAAUAUACAAGAUGCGGUCCAGUCAUAGUUCCUGAAGAACACCUGCAGCAAUGUAGGGUAUGUAGUGAAAAUGAAUGGCUCUGUGGACCUGCUGGUUUACCAGACCAAGAAGGGGUUCGAGAUGCUGACUUUGUACUAUAUGUUAGUGCUCUGACUACGGAAAGGUGUGGCCAAGAAAAUAUUAUUGCAUAUGCAGCAUACUGUCAACUGGAAGCAGAUAUGGACAGGCCAAUUGCGGGGUAUGCCAAUCUGUGUCCAAACAUGAUUUCAACCCAACCACAAGAGUUUGUUGGGAUGUUGUCUACAGUAAAACAUGAAAUCAUUCAUGCUUUGGGGUUUUCUGCAGGUCUAUUUGCUUUUUAUCAUGAUGAUGAUGGAAAUCCUCUGACUGCCAGAUAUGCAGAGGGAGUGCCAGCCUUUAAUGAAAGCCUUGGCUUGUAUCAGUGGAGCAAUAAAGUCGUGCGUAAUGCAGCAAGAUCAUGGGAUGUACGGGGCAAUAAGAUUCUACGUCAUAAUAUAUUUCUUCUGGUAACAUCUAAAGUAGUUGAAGAGGCCCGAAAACAUUUUGACUGUCCCGAUCUUGAGGGAAUGGAACUUGAAAAUCAAGGAGGCAUGGGCACUGAGCUAAAUCACUGGGAGAAACGACUGUUGGAGAAUGAAGCAAUGACUGGAUCACACACUCAAAACAGGGUGUUCUCCCGGAUCACUUUGGCUUUAAUGGAAGAUACUGGCUGGUAUAAAGCCAACUACAGCAUGGCAGAAAAACUAGACUGGGGUCAAGGUAAAGGCUGUGACUUUGUGAUGAAGAGUUGUAAGUUCUGGAUUGACCAAAGGCGGAAAAAGAAAGAAGUGGUGGCCCCAUACUGUGACACGCUGCGAAGUAAUCCAUUGCAGUUAACCUGCAGGCAAGACCGAAGGGCUGUAGCGGUGUGCAAUUUACAGAAGUUCCCGCAGCAGCUGCCUCAGGAGUAUCAGUACUUUGACAGUCUGUAUGGAGUAAUGCCAGAAGAGUUGCCUUAUUAUGGGGGAUCAGUAGAAAUUGCUGACUACUGUCCUUUCAGCCAAGAAUUUAGCUGGCACUUGAGUGGAGAAUUUCAGCGUAGUUCAGAUUGCAGAAUAUUAGAAAACCAACCAGACCCUUUCAAAAACUAUGGUGCAGAGAAGUAUGGACCAGAUUCUGUGUGUCUUAUUCAGAAGUCAGCGUUUGUUAUGGAACAGUGCAGAAAGAAACUUAGUUACCCUGACUGGGGUAGUGGAUGUUAUCAGGUUUCUUGUACUUCCCGAGGGCUGACUGUUUGGGUCAAGGAUGUGGCAUACUUAUGUAGUCACUCAGGUCAAGUACUGACUGUUAAUAUUCAGAUGAAUGGAUGGGUACAUAUUGGGAAUCUAAGUUGUCCAGCAUGUACAGACUUCUGUGACUCCUGUCCACCUGAGCAAGACCCUCCUCUGGUUGCUAACUUAUCAAGAGUUGCACCUAUUGAUUUAUGUUCCUGUUCUCCCAGUCUGGUAGUAACCCUAUGGCUACUGAUGGCAAACUUACUUCCACUACUGGCUGGAUUUCUUCUAUGUGCAUGGAGUUAAACUACAUUCUCAAGUUGCACAUACAGUCACAUUGCAUUCCGGAGAAUGCACUGCAACAGUGCAGCGCAUCUCAAAGGCAGCUGUCUAGAAGAGAAAUCCUCUCUCUGCCUUGUGGCAAGUAGUGCAGCUGAACACAGGCUGGAGUGUGCUGGAUAACAGCCUCUAGGCUAAGAAAGAGGCAAAGUUUUAAAGUGUCAUCUCAAGUGCUAAUCAUAAUUAAAAGUUUUAUUUUCUCAUUGCUAACAAAUUUGAGGAAACACAUUUAGCAGUAGAAUAGUCUCUCUGCUACUACUGGUUUUGGGAUAUUUUUUUUUUAACACAGAAUUCUCUGAGACUUGUAGCAGGAAUCCUUAGAGAUAUACCUCAGAGUUUCUUUUAGUCAAAAGCCAUGUAAAAUCAGUUGCCAUUAUUGCUAAGACUCAUUUUAUGGAGCUUUGCAGUUUUAUCCAAAAAGAAAUUACCCUUUUGGUACUCGUGUAGCACAGCUUCCAGAAUUAUUCUGUAUUUCAUAUGAUAUGGUGAUUUGAGGCUAUUUCUUCUGUGCUGCUCAGAAUAUCAGUGAACUGUUCCAACAGCUACACACCAUGCACUUUUGAUAUUUCUAAAUAAUGGAAAUAUUUCCCCCAUGUUACUUAGUGAAAUACACUCAAGUUUUGACUAUUGUUGUAACUCUUUGCACUGAAAGCAUAACCCCCAAGCCUGCUUGCUAGGAUAUAACUUCCAUUGAACUUACUUCUGAGCAAGCAUGUUUCAGAUUGGGCUGUAAAUGUUUGUUACAGGAUAACUUGAAGAAAUGGAUAGCCCUUGUUAAUGAAUGUUCACUUCACAAUAUUGGCCUUUUAUUCUUUCAUUUCAAUCCAUCCCCAAAUAUUGGUAAGGCUGUAGGAUCCAGAUGAUUUGGUUUCCCUUGGGUGAGUAGGCCAAAAAGAAUGAAAUAACAGUCUUGUGAUUGGAAAGGGCAUCAUGUUGUAUUGGGAAACUUUUCAUAGAGACAGAACUUUAAAUCUUGGAUACUAUAAUGACACUGCGGGGCCAAAAUGAUUACUGUUGCCAAGGAGCCUUGUUUGGUCAUUCUUGAACAAAAGAACCUCUGACCUCAAUAAUGAUGCCAGGUAAAAACUUUUUUUAACCGUAUAGGCUAAUAGGCAUACCAUCAAAAGUUAUUGGACUAUACAAAAGAUGUGAACAACAUGUAGAAUAAAGCUUAUAGAAUUACCUAAAACGUAGAAGACCCUCAGGGACCCUAGCUAUGGUGAUAAGUGCUUUCUUACAGCUGGUACAAAAAAAUCCAGAAGUGGCGCUUGGUGCUACUGAUCAUUCUGUUUCUUUGAAGGCGACUGUAGAUUGUGUGUGUCAGGAGUGCUCCUAAAACCUUUAAAAAAAAAAACCUAAAUGCUUUAGUUUUCCUCCCAUUCAUAUUAUGUACAAUGGCAGUAGACUAGUCAGUGUGUUGGGGUUAGAGCCUUUAAAUGAAAUCAGAAACUUUUAAAAUGAGUGCAGAGUCCAGAUAUUUUGAAGGAACACCUACUAUUGUGCCUAUUAGGUUUUUUUUCCCUUGAAAGUAUUCUUAUGUUUAAGAUGAGGGUUUUUGCAUGCCAGUUGCAGGCAGUAAAACUCUUGCUUGUUUGCAGCACAAGACGGUUAAGAAUGUGAUAGAAUUAAGCAGAUCUUUUGUCUAGGAAUAUUAUGUAAAUGUGCACUGCGUAAUUGCCCUACUUCUGUUGUCCAAGCCAGGGUCAGCCUUAAAUAGGGUGGUGGUGAACAUAGAAAUAGCAAUAAAAUAUAAGGGUUAAGAAAUGCUUUAAACAUACACAACUUUGAUUGGAAGCUUGAACAGAUGUGCAGCUCAGCAACUGGCAUGAAACAGUUCUGUGAAAUUAAAGAAUAAUAUGAGAAUAUUAGGCGCUAGAGAUGAAAAAUGUAUUAUCUGUGCAAUAAUGAAAUUGAAAUAGCAUCUUUACAAGAUGCUUUUAUACUUGAAUAUUUUUUUCUUGUCUUGAAGU